AGUAGUCCUGAGGCAGGCGGCCACAGCAGGGCGUCGUUCUGUGGGUGGCCAGUUCCUCAAGAAGGCGAUGGACAAGAUGGGGCGUGUAGGACGCUCUAGCUUGGGUGGAGUGGCCAUGUGGCCUCGACGGGUCUAUAACCGCAAGAAGAGAGCUGGCGAGAGGCUCAACCUCACCCCAAAGCCGGACCUAGCCCUCCCUGGGAAGACAGAGGCACCACCAGGUCUGAAGGGAAAGGGCAAAGAGCAGGGACUGCGGAAGAUUACUGAGAAAGAGGAACUGAGCAGGCCCAGAGGUAGCAGCUCACAGCUGCCAAGCCACUUAAGUGUUACAGGAGGGGAAAGUCUGCAAGAAAAUAGUCCUGGCAAGGAGACCCCAGAUAAGAAGAUAACGACACUGAGUGAGUCAGCGACUAAUGACUUCAAGAUUGACAGCUGUUCAUCAAGCAGUGAACUAGUUUCAGGGCGAACUUUGGAGCAUGAUGUUUCCAGUUGUUUCCUGAGUUGUUCAGACACAGAUUCAUAUACAAAGAGUACUGAAGAGAGUAGAAGUAGCUUCUCAUCACCUGAGAUCUUCAGAGGAUCAGACUAUUUGGAUUGGGAGAAUCCCAAGUUGGAAGAUUACAAGACCUGCAAGAAUUCCACUCUUCUAGACACCAGCAAAGCAGUAGCUGUAGAGAAGGUACCACAGCUUGCAAACCUCUCAGCAAUUUUGAGUUCUUCUUCAGAAAACUAUGAGAAAUGCCAUAGAAAAAUAGGGAUGACAUUAGAAGCCCCACAUAUUUCUCCAGAACCAAAGUAUACUUCAAAUUUAACAUCAGAAAAUGCAGUGUCUGAGGUUAUAUUUGCUGAGAAAACUGGCCCUGCAACCAUCAAAAAAACAAAGAAAAAACCUGAAAAGGAAUCUGAAGAUAGAGGUCCACAAGUUCAAACAAAGUUAAGCUCUGGCCAUCUAGACAGCAAGGCUCCAUUAUCCCACCAUAGUUCAGCUCUUGAAAGUAUUGCAGUCAGGGAUGCUCUGCCACCUCAGUCCCUGGAACCUGUGUCAAAAAAAAGUUCCACUCCUCCCUAUAAGCGAAGCAAAGCCUUGUUAACAAGUACACCAUCUUCAGACACAGUUGACUUGGUGAUUGAUUUGUCUCCAGUGCAAAAUGUAUCUUUUGAAGAAUUAUUUCCAAAUGUCAGCAAUUAUGUUAACUCAAGUGAAGUUGUUCCAGUGUCAAGUUGGCAAGAAAGUUCUUCAAAUGAGUUUCCGUCAUAUGCAUCAGAGAUCUGUUGUAUUAUUCGGGCAUCACCAGGAACUAGACAGAUGAGAAGUAAAGAUACUGCUGUGAAGAAAAAGUAUUCUCCUCCUAAAGAUAUUCCUCCAGAUAUUAUAAUGAAGACAAAUGGCAGAACAUAACAGCUGUGACUGAAUUUUCACUGCAUUGAAGAUGUGAGUGUGAAGUAAAAAAGUCCAUAUAAGCAGAAUAUCUGCCGGAAAUUACAUAAAGUUCAAAACUCUCCUAUUGUUUAUGAUAAAUUGUGUGAAAACUUGCUAAUGUUCUUGUCAUUUUCUUUAGUCAGUUAAGAAAAGAGACAUUCUCUCAUAUGCUUCAUAUACAUGUAUUUGUACUUGAAAAUAUGGACCAACUAGGCGUCAUUAGAAGACCAUGCAGGCUGGAGAGUGCUCAUGGUUUAAGAGCUCUUCCAGAGGUCCUAAGUUCAAUUUCUAGCAACAAUACAGUGGCUCACAGGUAUCUGUAAUAGGAUCUGAUGUCUUCUUCUGCCAUGCAGGUAUACAUGCAGAGCACUUAUACAUAAAAUAUAAGUAAAUAAAUGUUUUAAAAAUUAAAAAUGAGACCAUGUACUAAAAUAGAUCGUUUUCUGCUCAUAAUAAGUUCUCAUGAGGGUACUGUAUAAAUUUCUUUGUUUUGUCUCCAGAUAUGUCCUUUGUAUGGAUCAAAAG